UAGGUUUCCAACUGUCAAAAAUUACAUAACCAAAAACGUUCGACUUUUGUGGUGAGGUUGUGUCUUUUGGUCGACUUUUACGUAAAAAUGGCUGCAAAAAGGAUCACCCAAAGUGCGAUUAACUGGGCCGCGCUCGCCGAAAGAGUGCCCCCACACCAAAAGAACCUAUUUCAAGCCUUUAAAGCCAAAUCCGAUCAAUAUCUCCGCAGCGUACUCAAAAACCCAGAGAAGGCCCCAGAAAUCAACUGGGCUUUCUACAAGUCGAAAGUUCCAGUUGCUGGAAUGGUCGAUGAAUUCCAGAAGCAAUACGGUGCGUUGAAAAUCCCCUACCCACCAGAUACAGUUAGCACUCAAAUAGAUGCUCAAGAAAAGGAAUUGAAGGUGGAGAUUGAGAAGUUUAAGCAAGAAUCAAAUGCAAGAAUUGCUGAGUUGAAGAAGGAGCUGGCGCAUUUGUCGGCUUUGAUACCGUUUGAUCAGAUGACUAUGGAGGACUUCCGUGACGCAUUCCCAGAACAGGCGCUAGAUCCUAUCAAUAAACCUACUUUCUGGCCUCACGAUCCUGAGGAGCAACUUGAUCAUGUAGUCAAGGAUUCUGGUCAUUCUGGACACUAAUAUUUUAAUAGAUUAUGUGAAGAACAGUGUUAGAGUUUUGCUGUUGUAAUAAAUGACAUCAGUGGAGAUGUAGUUGAAUUUGUAUUGAUCAUUAUAUCUGUUUAGGAUG